AUAUUGCUGGCAAGUGAUGGACGCAUGGACAUUAAGAAUGCACCAGGUGUUUGCAUGGCCAACACAACGUGGCAGCCUUGGGAAAACCCACAUUUCUAUUUUUGGCCUUGUCCUUCUUUUUCGAAGAUUCAAAUGCCCAUAGGCAUUUUUCUUAUGCUCAAGGCAAAAUAGCGAAGAGGGUUAAAGAAGUUGAAGAUGAUAAUGGAGAGGAAGCAUCUUUCUUCCAUGGCCAACCAUGUUCUUCAAAGAAGUGCAGAGGAACUAGGUACUUCUGUGGAUUAUUUGGUGGAAGAAUUUGAAGCUGGAUGGAAGCCAGAAGUCGGUGAUUAUGCGAGGAAAUUAGUGAAAUUUUGCUGCUCAAAGGCCCUCACUAAAUUGUGUCAAAAUAUCGAAGAAAGGAUAAAUAAUGGGUCAUAUAGCCGGUUCACAUAUGAGGUGAUGCUUGCUUGGGAGAAGCCUAGUGCGGUCGAUGAAGAGUCUCAAACACAGGAGAGCAUUGCCAAGGAGGAAGAGGAUAGAAAAAUACGAGUAAAAGUGCCUUCGGAGCAGGAUGAAAUCCCUCUUUUCUAUUCAGACCUUAUGCCACUCCUUGUUAAUGAUGAACCAAGUGUUGAAGAAGAUGCUUUUGUGUGGUUGAGUUCAUUAGUUCCAUUAGUUGCUGAUCUCAUUAAUGGGAGAUUCACAUUCGAAACUCUGACUGCGCCUACUGGAAACCAGCUCUUUUUCCCUGCAUAUGAUAAAUUCAUAAAAGAAAUUGACGUUUGUAUGAAGCAUUUACAGAAACAAGCAAAACCAAAGGCUGUGGAGUUAGCUGAUGAUGAAUUUAUAUUGCACGUGGAGGGAACUGCUAGCACGCAAAGAGUAGUACGCCAUAUUGGAGGAACAAGUUGGCCUGGUAGGCUUACACUGACUAAUUAUGCCCUCUACUUUGAGGCUUCUGGAGUGAUAACAUAUGAAGAUGCACUUAAGAUUGAUCUUUCAAGGAAUAUUUGUCACAGUGUUAAACCAGCUGCCACAGGUCCAUGGGGUGCUCCACUUUUUGACAAAGCCAUUAUCUAUGAGUCCCCUGAAUUACCUGAAGGAGUUGUGCUGGAGUUUCCAGAGAUAACAAGCUCCACAAGGCGUGAUCACUGGCUAGCACUCACGAAUGAGGUUCUGCUAAUGCACAAAUUUUUAUCUGAAUUUAAGGUGGAAUGUCCAAUACAAGCAUGGGAGAUGCAUGCAAGGACAAUUUUGAGCAUUAUAAGGCUUCAUGCAGCAAGAGAAAUGCUAAGAAUUUCUCCUCCGAAUCCCACAAAAUUCUUGAUUUUUGCUUUAUAUGACGAGUUACCUAAGGGGGACUAUGUGCUGGAACAGCUUGCUGAGAGUCUAAAGAGGAUAAAUAGUGGACAACCAUGUAGUGCAAGCUCAAUACUGAGAAAAAUGAACCUUUCAGAGACCAUUGUAUCUAGUUUAGAAGUAAAAGGAGUGCCUGAGGUGAGUAAUAAAACUAUUGCAGGCAGUGAAGAUGAUGGUAAGAUCUCAUUAGAGACUGCCAUUAGUCAAGCCAGAAAGGAAGAAAGGGAAGUUGCUAAUGCUAAAGCAACAAUUGAGGGACUGAAAGAGGAAGGGAUCAGUAAACAUGCUCUCAUUCUUAUGGAGCUACUAAAGCCAUUUAAAAAUGUAUUCCCUUGGUUUCGAGAAAUCCUUUCAUGGGAAAGACCAGUAAGUACACUAGUGGUAAUUGCUACAAUUACACUAAUUGUGUACAAGGAAUGGGUUGGCAAGGCAAUAUCUGCAGGCUUGCUUCUGGUGGUAGCAAAUAUGAUCCGAGCUAGACAAGAAAGGCUUAAAGACCAACCAAAGGAGAUAGUUGUAUGCACUGCCUCUGACCAGACUGCAUCUACGAGAAAGAACAUAGUUUUAGCUCAAUAUGGAUUUAUGACCAUUCAAGAGAUAAUACAGAAUGGGAAUGUUACAAUACUGAAAUUGCAUUCAAUUCUGGUUUCAAGGGCACACAAGCAUGCAGAUAUGGUGAUGCUGGUGCUGACUGGAUUGGCAAUACUGUUGGCAGUGAUUCCCUUCAAGUACCUCAUAAUAACCGCUAUACUUCAUUCCAUGAUUAUGACAUCAAAAUUAGGGAAGUACUCAAGAAACAACCAAGGAGAACGUCGACUGAAAGAAUGGUGGGACUCCAUCCCACCUACCCCUGUUCGAAUUGUUGACAAGGCUCCUGCCUGUCCUAAAUAGGCAAGCAUUUUUGUGUAAAUGCUCCAAAUCUUGUCUAUCAAUCUGGUUUUAUACAUUUUGUCCAAAUAUAGCUGAUGUUUCUUGGAACAGAAGUACAUACAUUUUGUCAUCACAGGUUAGAUUUCUUCUUCACAGGACUGUUCUGUAUAAUUCAUAUUUACACCAUAACUCAUACAUAUGCAUGGUUAUAGCUGUUAUUUGUCAUCUGAGGGUUGUUAAAGAAGGUUGCAAGUGCUGUCUCAGCCACCAUAUUGCUUUGCAUAAGCCUUAUUACAUGCAUAUGAUACAAGGAUAAAACUAAAUGAAGCAUAAAAUUUAAACUCUUUUCAAAACCCAUUUCUUA